GAACCGACUCGCCAGGAACACUAAGAUGUGACAAUUUGGAGUCGCCAACACCGACCUCGAUCUCGCGCCGUCAGAGCCACAAUGCCUGGGUCCUCAAGGCUGCCAGUCAGCUUGCGCGACACUGCUCCCAAGCUGUCUAAGCAGCGGCAGUUGGUAAUUCUUAAUCUUGACUUGAUCCGCAACAUCGUCUUCUUAUUGUUCUGCCUGCGAUGGACCCGAAAAGUGUUCUAUCAGCUCAAGGGUCGCGGUCUCUUCGGAACGGCAGAGGAUUUCUACAAGGCGGCGAAGAAAUACCUCUUCCGAAAGUUCCUUUCUCUCCCCGGCGUGCGCGAUAAGGUGCAGCUCCAAAUAGCCGAGGCGAAGAUCAAUAUUGAGAAGAGUCUUGUACCAUCCGGUCCUGGUGUUGAGCGCUUCACAAGCUUGCCGAAAGAUGGAUGGACCCCGGACAAAGUACGCGAUGAGCUUAAGAAACUUUCGGAGAUGAAGCAUACACGCUGGGAAGAGGGCCGUGUGUCAGGUGCAGUAUAUCACGGCGGAGAGGAUUUGAGCAAGCUCCAGACAGAGGCAUAUGGCAUGUUCACUGUCAGCAACCCACUUCACCCUGACGUGUUCCCUGCCGUGCGUAAGAUGGAAGCCGAAAUUGUUGCAAUGGUUCUGAAGAUGUUCAAUGCUCCGGAAGGGGCUGCUGGUGUAACCACCAGCGGCGGUACUGAGUCCAUCCUCAUGGCAUGUCUCAGUGCUCGCAACAAGGCUUUGAAGGAACGCGGCAUUCGAGAGCCCGAAAUGAUCAUUCCAGACACCGCACACGCAGCGUUCAUAAAGGCAGGGAGCUACUUUGGUAUCAAAGUGCACAUUGUAAAGUGCCCGGCCCCAAGUUACAAGGUACACAUACCUUCUGUCGCUGCGCUGAUCAACCCGAACACGGUUCUGCUCGUCGGCUCCGCGCCAAACUACCCUCAUGGAAUCAUCGACGACAUCUCAGCUCUUUCGCGACUUGCGCACAAGAAGAAAAUACCUUUACACGUAGACUGCUGUCUCGGCUCAUUUUUGAUGCCAUACAUAGCUCAGGCUGGUUUUGAGAUCGAGCCUUUUGAUUUCCGGGUCAAGGGUGUUACCAGCAUAAGCUGUGACACCCACAAGUAUGGCUUCGCGCCGAAAGGAAAUUCCACUCUACUUUAUCGUGACGAAAGUAUCCGCACGUAUCAGUACUUCAUCGCGCCAGAUUGGCCGGGUGGAGUCUAUCCAUCCCCAAGCAUUGCUGGAUCGCGCCCAGGCGCACUCAUCGCAGGCGCCUGGGCAAGCAUGAUGCUCCAGGGCGAGAGUGGCUACAUCUCAGCAUGCCAUAAGAUUGUUGGCUGUGCCAAACGCAUUGAAGACGCUAUUCGUUCCGAAGAAGGGCUGAAGGAAGACCUUCGCGUCAUUGGCAAGCCGCUCGUCAGCGUCGUGGCUUUCACGAGCAGCACAAUUGACAUUUAUGGUGUUGCAGACACCAUGAGCUCCAAAGGAUGGCAUUUGAACGCCUUGCAGAGCCCACCAGGUAUUCAUAUUGCCGUCACGCUACCGAUUGUGGCCAGCGUUGAGGAAUUGCUGAAGGACCUCAAGGAGAGCGUUAAGGAGGUGGCGGAGAAAGAAUUGAAAGCCAAACAAGAGGGCAAGUCGAAUGUACACAAGGGGACUGCAAGCGCUCUUUACGGUGUUGCUGGGUCGUUGCCUGACAAGACCAUUGUUAGAGAGGUUGUGAAGCACUUUUUAGACACACUGUACAAGGCAUAAUGUGGCGGUCCGCUAUGUACACAUGCGGCGUUCUGUUCCAUCUAUAUGCAUUUUUUCAGAAUCAAUCCAUCGAUGAGGUGUUUUUCUUUUUAUAAAAAAAAGAUCAAAUCAAACUAUCGCUUGGAACAAGCUUG